AUGAUCGGUGGCGCGAGGCGCUGGUUAAAGCGCAAUCGCAAAGGUCUCGCGAUCGGGGCUGGAGUGCUGGGUGCUGGUUACCUGGCCGGCCAAUAUGUUAUUUCCAAGAUCUCAGAGGCGCGAGAGCGUAUGAGCAGUGAUAGGAUUGCCAAAGAAAACCUACGCCGGCGAUUUGAACAGAAUCAAACCGAUUGCGCCUAUACCGUCAUUGCAUUGCUGCCAACAGCUACAGAGAAUAUUGUCGAUGCAUUGCCUGUGGAGGAACUGACCAAGGAGCUACAGAAGAAGCGGGCGGAGAGGCUAGCACGACUCAAUGCGGGGGAAGCUACGGGCUCGGACAUGAGCUCGGUUUCACCAAGCCUGCCAGGAGAUGAUACAAAGAGUCUUUCGAGUUUCCAGAGCGAGGGCUAUGUGCAUACGAGUCAGCUCGGAGAGCCGGCCGACUCGGAUGGACAACCCCGCGUGAAACGGAACAAGACACAGCUAUGGAAUGAGGUCAAGAUCACAUCUGUGACUCGAUCCUUUACAAUGAUCUAUAUCCUCUCCCUUCUCAACAUCUUCACUCGCAUCCAGCUCAAUCUCCUCGGCCGCCGCAACUAUCUCUCAAGCGUCAUUUCUCUGGCCAACCCCCCUGCCGACUCGACGAUCAGCCUUGAAGACCAUGACUAUGAUCUCACACAAACCCUUGGAGAUGAUAUUGCGACCAACCGACGCUAUCUUGCGUUCAGUUGGUGGCUGCUCCACCGUGGAUGGAAGACGCUUAUGGAGCGGGUCCAGCCCGCUGUGGAGGAGGCAUUCGGUCCUCUGAACCCGCGUGAGGAUAUCAGUUUGUCCAAACUGUCAGAAUUGACUCUGCAGAUCCGGAGAAAGAUUGAAGGGAAUACGGAGGAAGACCGUCGAUCCAAGAAAUGGUUAUCCUGCUUGCUGCCGCCAACGGAGGACGAAGAUUACGUACUUCGUGAAUCCGGUGUCGAGGGAGUGGCUGACCCAUCCUCCUCGGAGACUGCUUCAAAGCUGCGCCUUCUUUUGGAUGAGACAGCCGACCUCAUCGACUCUCCGUCCUUCUCCUUUGUCCUGACUCUCCUUCUGAAUGAAGGAUUCUCCACCCUAGUUGACGUGAAAUGUGCCAACGAGGCUUUCAAGGCUUCGACUCCGGCACCAGAGACUGCGCCACAAUCCUUUGACUCCAUGGCCACCGUCAUCCCCCCCGUCGUUUCCGAGCGCAAGACCAAACUUGCCAACUUGCUCGCCGUGAUGGCCCGUCAAGCUCAUGUGAUUGGUCAGGGACCCAUGGGCCCUAACGAUUAUCUCGACGUAAUGGACAAGAACGUUCGAGAGCUCGAGGCCUUUUCCGCUGUCAUAUAUAGCUCGAAUUUCGACCUCGAGCUUCCCGGUGCUAGUCGGCAACCAGGGGCUUCUAAGGGUAUGGAUUCUAUGGACCCGAAUUCUUCUGCCAUGUUCUCAGAAGUGGUAGUGGAUGAGACCGAGGCUGGAUCUGUCGAUCUGGCCCAGAGCGCUCCCGUUCUGAUUGAUCAGGAAGAGCGGGUUAUUGAGAUCGCUGAGGAGACUAAUGAAGCCCCAGUGGCCGAGGAGACGACACCAGUACCAUCUAAAGAGCCUACGUCUGAAUCUGCCUUCGACAGGGCCUGGGGCAAGGCCGUGGAUGAGGGAAAUACCGCGUCGGGGCCUGAAGUUCAAGAAACUUCUUAG